AUGCUAGGGGAUGAGGAUGAGAUGCAGACUGAACAAGUCUGUCCAAGAAACCCCCCCAACCUGCAUCCUGUUGAAGCCCCAUCUCCUGCCUGUUUAACCCCCAUGGAGAUCUUCAACUUCAACUCCUCCAUCCUCUACAUCCAAAAGCCAUCAAACAGUAAUAUUGAGGGUGGUGCCAUUACUGUGUAUGAGGGAUGUAAGGACAUGCCCGAGGUCCUGAUCUUUCAUAUGACUCUGCAGUUCAUCAACCUGUUCUUGGGGAUCCCCGCUAACCUGAUGGUGCUGUGGCUCCUGCACAAGAACAAGGGGGACUCUACCUCUACCUCUGACAUCUUCAUCCUCCACCUGGCCAUCCUGGAUACCUUCUUCUGCCUCAUCCCACCACUACAGCUGGCCAGCAUAGUCUUCCUCACCACCAGCAGCACCUGGUAUGUACUGCGCUUCUUCUAUGGGGUCAAAGACUCUUCGCCACUGUUCCUCUCCUGCAUCUGUCUGGACCGCUACAUGGCCGUCCUGCACCCCAUCACCUUCACCGAGCUGAAGGACCGAAGCCACCGCAUGGUGUGCGUUGCUGUGGUGUGGCUGGUCAUCCUGGCCUAUGCUGCAGCCAAGUGUGUGGGCAACAUCCCCAACUUCGAGAAGGCCUUCGUCGUCAUGCUCGUGGCAGCUUUUGCCUUCAUGCUCUUCUGCAAUGUGUCCAUCCUGCAUGCACUGCGGCAGUCGGGCCCUGCCCGUGACGAGAUGCACCCUGUCAAGAAAAGGGCCUUCAAAAUGGUGUCCAUCAUCCUGGCCAUCAUCAUCUUCAACUAUUUUCCUCCUGUUGCACUUUUCCCCUUUCAAGAGUACUUCUCCCCAGACGAGUUUGACUGCUAUGUCCACCCUGUGGCCUUUGGCUUCAUGGACGUCAGCAGCAGCAUUCAGCCCGUUCUCUACCUCUCCCGGGAGAAGAUUCCCAGUGUAUUUUGCUGCUGCCAAAUUCAAAUUACCCACCCAUUAUAG